AUGGCUUCACUGGAUAGAAAAGGAUCGCAAAAAAGAAGCCCUGAAAUUGAUCUGGGAUUCGCGCCCGAUAAGGAAAUGGACAAUGCGACAGGUAAACAGCCAGCGCUGGGCGGAGAAGAUUCAGACCUUGGUUUGCAAUUGGAAAGUCAGACGCCCACGACCAAAGCGCAAGAACAAGCGAUCUAUUCCUCUCCAACCGGGGAACGUGGAGCUACAGGCAGCAGACCACCUACGAGAGCACGAGGCUAUUCGGCUACACUAUCGGUCGGCAGACGGAGGGGUGAUAUGAGCUCGAAGAUUCCCGCCACUCCAGGCUUCGAGAGUUCGAUACUGAGCAAUUUUAGGAGGCGACCUCGGCAACCAAGUAUCCUGCAAAUGAUGCAGGCAGACGAUGGGUCAUCUGAUCUCGGAGACCUUGAUGAUGACGAUUUUCUUGGUGGGCUGAGUCCGGAGGACGAGUCGACCCCCCUGAAUCUCUCCAGAGCGAAAUCCCUUCUGCCUAACGAUCCCGGCUCAUCACCUACUUCGGACAAUGUGUUACCCUCAACCGGUGGUUCACGCAAGCGCAAACGUGCCGCCGAACAGCUCCAAGUUCCGCAGUCGCCCCUGGAAAUUGUGGAAAACACACCUCCUGGCUCAGUUGAGAUUGAUGAUGGAGAGCGCAACACUUCAGAUAGAGUCACACGGUUACUGGAAUAUUCGGAAGCAACCAGCCAGGCAAUGGCUCCGCCUGCUAGCAGUAGCCCGCUGUCAAGUCCUAGAAGCAGCCCUCCAAUGCCAGUGGAGGAGCCACUGCAAACAAUCACAGAUGGAAAGUUAAUGCUACGCAAUCAACAAGCAAAGAGUGAAAAUGCCCAUGUCUCUACAGCAGCACUUCAGGAUAGACUUCUGCCUCGCCGACGCCAAAGGCAUCGCAAACGGCGUGGAGGCACCACCUAUAACGUUUCCAGUGAUGGAAGCGAAGACAAUAAUCCUGUUGACCCAGAGGAAGACGAGUUAAGCUACCUGCCUACCAGAAAGCCGGUUCGUACACAGCAACAGCGGAAGGGCAAGCCGGCACCACUGGGAACUGUCAGGUCACAACGAAAGAAGCACAUAACAACCACGGUAGCAAGCAGUCGACUCGAUCCACGAUCGGCGUCUGUCCAGCUGCAGUCGAUAGUGAGAGACUCGAGGCAGCCUCGAACGUAUGGCUCCCAGACCUCCGGAGGCAAUAAAGAAAACCAAGCCUUUGAGAUGUCCUCGCCUUUGUCUUCGCCUCUCGAUACGGAUGAAUUCGAUAUAGACUCGUCGCCCGUGAAAUUACCAGCUGCCAAUUUCUUGAGCGAGGAACUCAAACUGCAAGCAAAAAAGUUCCAGGAAGUUGAUAAAUGGGAGAUGGACUUUGAGGAUGUGGUUACAUCAGGGAGUCAGACGAGUCCUUGUAGGUAG